ACCGGUUUCCUGUGAAUACUUCCGGGCUCGGCAGCAGCAGCAGUCAGCGUGCUUGUGUUUAUACCGUUUUAAUGGUAGUUGGAUGUAAGCGGACUCACCGACUCGCACCGCAGCAGCCGCGCGCGCUUCCCGCCAAAGAAGCGCAGCCAUGAACGCCGUCUUUCGCCAGGUCACGCGCCAGGCCUUCGUGUUGCAGCGAGCGCUCGCGUCAUGCCGGGCCACGCCAUCACUGCAGCAUCCGGCUUGUGCGUCUGUAAACGAAAGACAAUACAGAACGAUGCCAACGCACGGGAUUGGGAGGUGGAGACAUCUUUUACCGAAGGAAGCGCCCAAGAAAAAGAAAGACAAGCUCCAGAUGAAGGAGAUCCUGGCCGAGACGGACACGGCGUACGGCAGCCUCAACGUGACGGUGUCGGGUUACGACAUGACGCUGGUGGAGCACUACUCGCAGUACAUCCACAACCUCUGCAACCGGCUCGGCAUCAAAGUGGCCGAUAGUUACAUUCUGCCGACCAAGACCACGGAGGUGAUGCUGAUGCAGGAGCAAGGCACCAAGAUGUUCGUCGACGCCGUCCUGAAGACCCACGAGCGCGUCGUCCAGCUGAGCAGCCUGGAGGCCGCGGCGUGCCCCGUCCUCCUCGACGUGCUGCUGCAGAAUCAACCGGAGGGCGUUGAGCUCUCUGUGAGCGAGCACACCGAAGCCCAUUUCCAGGCGCGGUUCAAAGGUCGUCCAGAGCUGGAGGGGCUCAUCGCUCAGUUGACUUAUUGAGGAUCCCCCUUGUUUAUUUAUUUAUUCAGUUAACGGAAUGCAUCGGCAUGAAAAUAAGCUGUAUACAUUAAUGUUUUACAUUAUUUUGUGAAAAUAAAAACCUGCUUAUUUUCCUGA